AAUAAUUAGUCGGAUAUGAGAAAAAUCUUAUCUAAAGUACCCCACAGUUGGCUUUUAGUAAUUUACCUUAGAAAUCAGUAUUAACUUUCACAUUUUCAAGUUAUGGCAAAAUAUUAUUAGAUGUACAUUAUACGGGUUCAAAAAAAAAUAGGUAUAUAUUUAAAUUAGGACAAUUGACAUUUUAGAACUGAUAAUGAAAAUAUAGGUAAGAUUGGAUGAGAAAACUCAUGAAAAAUCAAACAUGUCCGUAAAUCCUAUUAAAACAUGCUACAAAUACUCACCCCCCGAUGGAGGGUGGGGUCAUGUAAUCGUAAUAUCGGCAACUAUCAUCCAAAUUGCCACCAUUGUUCCUCUAGGAGUAUUUGGCACCAUUUUCAACAAUUUCUUUAUAGAAACUGGGGAAGAUGCCACAAGUGGCAUUACUCUUGUAUCAAGUGUUUACAAUACAAUCAGUUUUUUCAUGGGAAUAAUUGCCAGUGUUCUCCUUAACAGAUAUAGCUUAAGGGCUGUCUCCAUGUUGGGUUCUGUAAUUAAUUUUAUUGGUGCCAUUGGUACCAUAUUUGCUACUAGCCUUAACCAGUUAAUAUUCACUUAUGGAGUAUUACAAGGUGUAGGUUUUGGGCUCCUACUUCCCGCCGCUUACUCAGCAAUUAACACCUAUUUUGACAAAAAAAUGGCAUUUAUGAUGAGUCUUUCGCAAACCUUACUGGUAAUGGGAUAUAUUGUAAUGCCUUAUGUGGCCAACUGGACUUUGGAACAAUAUGGAUAUAGGGGCACCAUAUUGCUACUAGCUGGAUUCACUGGAUUUUGCUUUCCUGCCAGUUUGACCUUUCAACCUGUAAAAUGGUAUUUAAAGAAAGAAAAAAUUGAAAAUGAUGACAUACAGUUUUGUGUCCCAGUAGAACCAAAGAAUAGUUCACCACAUGAUCCAUUUCUUAGUGAAGAAAAAUCCACUAUGGAACUACAUGAGGGUGAUGUUUUAUAUAGAAGAAGAAAGAGUUCAGUGGUAGUUGGAGACAGACCUCCCUCUUCAAAGCCAAAAAGAAGAAGCAGGGGAAAUAAUAAAUCAUUUUGGAAAUCUCUACUAGACUCAAUAGACCUGGAUCUUUUCACAAAUGCCAGUUACAUGAAUAUGGCUAUAGGUCUGUCAUUAUCGUUCACUGCUGAUGUAGCAUUUAUCCCAAUAAUUUCCCCAGUUAUGGCCUCUAUGGGAUUUAAUUCUUCAGAAAUUGCUUUAAUGAUUAGCACAUUUUUUGGGGCUGACCUUGCUGCCAGGAUAACACUCUCUGUAUGGUCAGCUUUUUAUCCAGUUAAUAGCAGAAUGCUAGUUCUUGGUUCCUCUAUUUUAAGUUCAGUUUUUAGAAUAGCUUUUUUGCUUAACAACAACCUGAUGUACAAGAUAAUAGUAAUGGCAGCUAUGGGAUAUUUAAGAUGUUUUAUACAAUCACCACAAUCUAUAGUAAUAUCUGAUGAUUACCCUGACACUUUUGAAUCCGCUUACUGUGUCUAUAUGGUAGUGAAUGGUGCAAUUACUUUAAUUUUUGGGCCUCUUAUGAGUUAUAUAAAAUCCUUAACAAACAGUGAUGUAUGGGUUCUAAAUAUGUUAACUGGAGCUUUUAUAAUUAUGAUCAUAAGCUGGACAAUGGAAAUGUUAAUGUACCCAAAGAAUAAGCCUAACUAUAAAAAGUGAGUUUAAAUGAAUAGAACACAAGUUUUAAGAUAUUUCCUGUAAGUGUUAUAAGUAAUAAAUCAAUAAAACUAUUUUUUUAAUGUCUUAUAAAUGUUGUUUU